CUCUUAACAUACACCAAGGUUCGACGAAACAACGCCGCAAUGAAUCAAAACUCCGCGUUACCGAACGAGGAACCCUCUUCGAAUUCAAGCGACGCCCCUACACUUCAAAUCUCUGCAGAGCUAUACAAGUCACUGCUGAGUUCGGCCGAGCAGCUCAAACACAUCGUCGCAGAAAAUGCUUCCAUGGCACGCGAACUUCGCAGAAUCCAACAAAACAAACCGAGUUUUCCUCUAUUCUCCGCCUUCCCGACCGAAAUUCGCCUCCAAAUUUGGAGAUCUGCAUUCAGGACACCACGCAUACAUAUCAUGAGGAAGGACCAUAUCAGUCGCAGUCAAAUCAACUCGAUCAUGUACGCGUGCAAAGAAUCCCAGGAGCUGGGCCUCAGUCUUCGGAUGCCGUUCUAUUAUGUCCACCAUCCUGAAACAUUACGUCCCAUCUGUGGAGUGCAAUAUUUCCAUUCUGACAUCGAUACACUAUGGGUUGAUACGACUGAUCGGCUUCCCAAAAAUGUCAUCCUCUAUGAUGGGCACGAUGUUAGACAGCCGAUGUUGCUCGAUAAAGAGUAUCCAGAAUGGACCUUGAGUCUCGGUUCACUAGCCAUGGACGCAGGUAAUUGGGUAGAUCCAUUUAUCAUGGAUGACGAUGAAGAUGAUUAUGAUGAUGAUGAAGGCAGGCUCUACCUCUGCUCAUUUGAAUUAAUACGAAUGUUAAAUAACAAUCGAGAACUAAUUCUGGUUGUUGGCGGACCCGGUCUGCCCUGCGCGUCUGAUAUCGUUUUCACAGAGCCAAGGGGGACUCCAUUUCUGCUGGCACCAUCGUUGGCGAACAAUGAAAGUCUCCUAGGAAACGGCCGUGACGAGUCAAUAUCGCCCAACGCUACAUGGGAGAGUGCAGCUCGGCAAGCUGAAUACAUUCUGAGACAGGCGAAGAAGCUACUUAUGGAGAAGAUGAAGAAAAAGAUUGAAGAUCAUAAAAAGGUGACCAAGAAUGAAAGGCGCCUGUGUGAUGGAGUGAUUCCCAGAGUUAGAUUUGUUGAAACUGUCGAUUCUUACCGUCAGUGGAUUUGCAACUCAGUCUAAAUAUGGCAGAUUCAACAAGACCUUGGC